ACAGUUCCAACAUUACAUCCCUACUUUUGCAUUCUAAACCUCAUCCAAUAAAAGAAAGUAUUUCAUAUGCUUUCUUUACCACCUGUCCUGCCACCUUCAGGGAUCUGUGGACAUGCACACCAAGGUCUCUCACUUCCUCUACCCCUCUCAAUUAUCCUCCUCCCAUUUAUUAUGUAUUUCCUAGUUUUGUUUGCCCUCCCCAAAUGCACUUCUCUGGAUUGAAUUCCAUCUGCCACGUUUCUGCCCACUCAACCAAACUAUUGAUAUCAUUCUGGAGACAACAGCUACCCUUUUUACUACCAACUACAUGGCCAAUGUUUACAUUUUACAGCCUUCUGGACCUAACAUUAAAUUCAACAAUUUCAGAUCAUCACUUCUGCAGCCAUUAUUUUCAGAUGUCAGCGAUGAUUCUGCUAUUCCCACUUAAACCUCCUCUAGAUCCAUCUUUUGUUUCCUGUUGCAUUACCAACUCCUUUUGCUUUGCAACAUCAGCCUUUUUGUUAUUUAGUCUCUCCUGCCUUCCAGCCCAUCACAGACAUUCCCUUCACUGUUCCAGUUCUGUCGAAGGGUCAUGAGAACUCGAAACGUCAACUCUUUUCUUCUCCGCCGAUGCUGCCAGACCUGCUGAGUUUUUCCAGAUGCGACUGCUGUCUGCAUUUGUAGUUGCUGAGAAAUGCCUGUUUUUGAAGUGGACCGGCAGGAACUACAGUUCAGUCACUGCUUCCGAUUUGGCAUUUGUUCCUUCGAGCCGUCCAUUGGACUCCAUCGAGUUGGAGGAACUUCAGGAUUUUGUGCUUCGGUCCAAGAAGCUUUUUGUGCUGACUGGAGCAGGGGUGUCAACAGAGUCUGGUAUUCCGGAUUAUCGAUCUGAGGGUGUGGGGCUCUACGCUCGGACAGCGAGGCGGCCCAUUCAGCACUCUGAGUUCAUCCGCAGUGCCAAGGGCAGGCAGAUGUACUGGGCACGGAAUUAUGUUGGCUGGCCACAAUUUUGCUGUCACCAGCCAAAUGUGGCGCACGAUGUUUUGAGUAAAUGGGAGACCCUGGGGAAGCUCCACUGGCUGGUGACUCAAAAUGUGGAUGCUUUGCACUCAAAGGCAGGAAGUCGACGCCUGACAGAGCUUCACGGCUGUUCUCACAGGGUGCUCUGUCUUGGGUGUGGAGAUGUAACACCUAGGAGCCAUCUCCAAGAAAAAUUCACAGCUCUGAAUCCUGGCUGGACUGAAGAAGCACACGGAAUAGCUCCAGAUGGAGACGUUUUCCUGACCGAUGAACAGGUUAAAAAUUUUAACGUUCCCUCGUGUGAGAGUUGUGGCGGUAUCCUGAAACCUGAUGUCACCUUUUUUGGAGACACGGUGAGCAAGAAGAAAGUGGAUUUUGUCUAUGAGCGUGUGGCUGAGUCGGAUGCAGUUCUGGUGGCAGGUUCUUCGCUGCAGGUGUAUUCUGGAUACAGGUUCAUCAUUGCAGCCUAUGAGAAGAAGAUACCAAUUGCACUACUGAACAUUGGGGAUACCAGAGCAGAUAGAGAGGCUACUCUGAAAAUCAAUGCUCGAUGUGGAGAGGGAAGCUGGGUCUUCGAGGGCAGCAUGUCUACAUUUCCACAUUGUCGUUUACCCAUAGCACAAGAAUCCCUUGGAGAUCCAUCUAAAAGCAGUUUGGCUUCUCACAUUUACUCAAUCCAGAAUCUGAAGAGAACAGGGAUUGGAAUGGGAUUAAUUCCGAUUUAUUUUGUCUAUGUCCUCUCUGCAAAUCUUCCCUCCUAAUUUCUUCCCACCUACAUUUCUGAUCUUCAAAUAUUUGUGUUCAAGUUGAUUAUUUCCCAGGGACUCGGCGCUUACUGGAAUCAGGAAUCUUCAAAUAUACAUGCCCGUAGAUAACUAAAAUUGCAUGUGACAAUGUAAGUGUUAAGGUUGUGCUCUUUUGUUUAUGAUUAGCUGUUUUUUUUAAAAAAAAACUUGUAUUCUAAACUUUAUCUGAAGCUUGUUCCUGCUUAUUACAAUUGUUAGAAAUCACCCAUAAAUUUUAAGCCAAAAGUGUACAGACUAUUCUGGCAACCUUGCUGUUAUUGUAAAGUCCACAAAGUAGGUUGCCUACUUUUUGCUCAUUUUUUUCAAAAUAUUUUUGUUCCAAAAUUAAUGGGGUACUGAUACCUCUGUAUUUUAUUUGAUGGAGAAAGCUGCAUGAUGCACAAAUAGCAUUCAAUUCAAUUCAAUACACUUUAUUGGGCUUAUAUGGAAAUUCACAGUGAGGACAAUUCCUUAAGCAUAACCAGCAAGAAGAAAGAAAGAAUUACAUAGCAAUAUAACAACCUAUGUUGGUACAGUGCAGUGCCAACAUUGCAGCCAAAGAAAAUAAAAAAGAUAAAGAUAGAAAAAAAA